UCACGUCUAUAUUUCAUCAAUUCAAGCACAUGCCUCUCUCGUUAAGGCUAUAUCCUUCUUCUUCUUCUUCUUCUUCUUCUUCUUCUUCUUCUUCAUCUAUUUAAACCUUCAUACAUGAGCUUAAUUAUUAGUCCUAAUUUUCUCUUCUGUUCUUCUACUUCUUGAACAAUAAUAUUAAUUAGUUUCCUCUCAGAUUAUAUAUUAUUAUUACAUGGGGGACUCUUUAGAAACUUAUGCCUCAAAUGCCCCGGUCACCGGAGAGCGAAAACUCAACUUAGAACUUCAGAAACAGCUCCCUCAGCCAUAUCUUGCAAGAGCAUUGGUGGCAGUUGAUAAAGAUCAUCCAAAUGGGACAGAGGGAAAGGAUCAUCACAACAUGAGUGUGUUGCAGCAGCAUGCUGCCUUCUUUGAUAGGAACAAGGAUGGUAUCAUUUAUCCAUGGGAGACAUACCAAGGUUUUCGAGCCGCGGGAUUUGGAUUUUUCACAUCAUUUACUUCCGCUAUUCUCAUAAAUUUACUUCUCAGUUAUAGAACUCAACCGGGAUGGUUGCCUUCUCUGCUACUGUCAAUUCAUAUAAAGAACAUUCAUAGAGGCAAGCAUGGAAGUGAUACAGAAACUUAUGACACAGAAGGAAGGUUUGACCCAUCAAAGUUUGAUGCUAUUUUCAGUAAGUAUGGUUUGACAUAUCCUGAUGCAUUGACAAAAGAUGAGAUAUCAAACAUGCUGAAAGCUAAUGCAAAUAUUGGUGAUUGUCUUGGACGGAUAAUGAGUUUAGCAGAAUGGAGGCUUCUGUACAGAAUAGGAAAGGAUGAGAAUGGUUUGUUACAAAAAGAAACAAUAAGGGGAGUUUAUGAUGGAAGCCUAUUUGAGCAACUUGAGAACAAAAGAGCCUCUUCCUCUUCAAAGAAAGCCUAGAAAUUUCUACAUUUCAUUGUUUAUAUGUUCUAUAAUAAUUUGUGUGUGAAUAAUUUGCUUGUUAUAUUUUUAUAUGAAUGUAUGGAAGCAAAAAUAAGUGAUGGUUACUUAUGACUAUCUGUGAAAAAUAAGAAUUUAUGUAAUUAAGUUUAAUUUGGUUGUUAUGUUUA